AUGAAAAACAAAUACACUCCUAUUUCAGGUUCUGAUGACUCUUCCAAAACGCUCAAUGAUGAAAAGGCAGAUAGUCGGUCGUCUCCUUCAGAUGGUACGCCUCCUCCGUAUACAGCUUCAACCAAAUUUAUUGAUCUCGAAAUGGCUGAUGGAUCCGCUCAGAAUUCCGCCCAAGAAUCUGUUAAUAACUCUGGAUCGGGUUGGACGAAUACGUGGCAGAUUAUAAUGCACUUGUUGUUUUUUACGUCUUUUGCGUAUAUGAUAUUUUAUGCUAUUUUUCUUGUCGUAUUCUUUUAUUUCAAGCUUUCUUUGAAUGCGCUAGACCUUUGGGGGCUUUCUGCUGGCUGUGUAGCAUCCUUUGCAUUGUUUUUGUUUGCAAUAUUUCAAAUGCCUAAAGAAUGGUUCACGCAAGCUGGAAGGUUAACCAAAAACGUAUUGUCAGCUAUGUGUAUCUCAGUAUUAUAUGUGUGUUUUCUCGAUGUCCCUGGUUUUGUCGUGUAUUAUGCUGCAAAAAAGUUCACAGGAUUUGAAAAGAUAAACAAUCAUUUUUACUAUGCUGUUUGGUUUGUUAACGUUGUCUUGUUUCUUUAUUUGACGAUGAAUGCAAAAGCACGUGAACUACUACUAAGAUUAGUUAUCGUCGAUCUGAGAAACGGCAUAGGCGUUGGCGUAAACGGAAUAGGAAAUGGUAUAGGAAAUGGUAUAGGAAACGCUGUGGAUCGUAUUUUAGGAACAAAUCGAGGAGAGCAAGUACCUCAGAACGAAGAAAUGGAACUUCAGCCUCUUGCUGAGCAAAGCGCUGAAGUUUGA